CGUUCCCGGAGCAACAGGGAAAAUGGCAGCCCUCACCACCCUCACUCAGCUGUCGAGUGGGAACCCAAUGUAUGAAAGUUUUUACAGACAGGUUGAUCCAGGAAACACAGGGAGGGUCGGACCUGCAGAGGCUGCUUUGUUUCUGAAAAAAUCAGGUCUGCCGGAUAUCACUCUGGGAAAGAUCUGGGACCUAGCUGACCCAGAUGGGAAAGGUUUCCUGGACAAACAGGGAUUCUACAUUGCAAUGCGGCUUGUGGCCUGCGCUCAGAGUGGUCAGGAUGUGUCUCUUGCAAGUUUAAACCUCACAGUUCCUCCUCCUAAAUUUAAGGACCAUAGUAGUCCAUCAUUAAGUGGUGCUUCAUCUACAGACAGCCACUGGGCUGUUAGACCUGAAGAGAAAAGCAAGUUUGAUGGUAUUUUUGACAGUCUCGUGCCUGUAAACGGGUUACUCUCUGGAGAAAAGGUUAAGCCAGUUCUUAUGAACUCAAAGCUGCCAGUGGAUGUGCUAGGAAAGGUUUGGGAUUUGAGUGAUAUUGAUAAAGACGGGCACCUGGACAAGGACGAAUUUGCAGUGGCCAUGCAUCUGGUGUACCGUGCUUUGGAGAAGGAGCCUGUUCCUUCCGUUCUGCCCUCCUCCCUCAUACCUCCAUCCAAACGCAAGAAAUCUGUGGGUUCCUUAUCAAGCAUGGCACCUGUGCUGCCUGGAAGCCCACCUCCUCCUAAAGACAGCCUGCGAUCCACACCAUCACACGGCAGCAUGAACUCGCUGAACAGUGCUGGGAGUCUGUCGCCUAAACACACACUCAAAUCCACACAGCACUCUGUGAACUGGGUGGUGCCAGUGUCAGAUAGAGGACGCUACGACGACAUCUUCCUCAAAACGGAUGCUGACCUUGAUGGCUUUGUCAGUGGCCAAGAAGUUAAAGAGAUAUUUAUGCAGUCUGGCCUUCCACAGAACAUUCUAGCACAUAUAUGGGCUUUGUCAGACACUCGACAGAUUGGCAAGCUGACCCGAGAGCAGUUUGGCCUGGCCAUGUACUUCAUUCAGCAGAAAGUAAGCAAAGGAGUGGAUCCUCCUCAGGCCCUAACCCCAGAUAUGAUCCCUCCAUCUGAAAGAGGAACCCCUAAUAUGUCUGGGUACAUGACGCCUGUUGGCUCAGAGAUGGUAGCCCUGACUGAAAUGCGCAGAGAUAGCUCCAGCUCCGUUGGCUCUGGCGAAUUUACAGGAAUCAAAGAGCUUGAUGAUCUGAGUCAGGAGAUCGCUCAGCUACAGAGGGAGAAAUACACACUGGAGCAAGACAUCAGGGAGGCAGAGGAAUCCAUCAGGCACAAAACUACUGAGGUUCAGGAAAUGCAGAAUGACCUGGACCGAGAGACUUGCAGUCUGCAGGAGCUGGAGGCCCAGAAGCAGGAUGCUCAGGAUCGACUGGACGAGAUGGAUCAACAGAAGGCCAAGCUGGAGGACAUGCUCAAUGAAGUACGGCAGAAGUGCCAGGAGGAAUCCCAAAUGAUCUCAUCGCUCCAGAGUCAGAUUCAUUCUCAGGAAUCUGACCUGCUGAACCAGGAGGAGGAGCUGAGUCGUGCUAAAGCAGACUUGAGCCGGCUACAGCAGGAGGAGAGCCAGCUGGAGCAGAGCCUGCAAGCCGGCAAGAUCCAGCUCGAGACCAUCAUCAAGUCCCUGAAGGCCACGCAGGAUGAGAUUAACCAGGCUCGCAGCAAGCUCUCUCAGAUCCAGGACAAUCAGCAUGAGAUAAGCAAAAGCAUUGAGCAGUACAGCAGUGCUCUGAAUGGCACACAUGGAGGCAGCAUGACUAACCUGGCCGACAUGAGCGAGGGCUUCCCUGACAAGGAGAACGGGGGGUUUGGUGUCAUGGAUGACCCAUUUAAAGUGAAGACAAAUGUUUUUAGCACAAAUUCUCAGGAGAUGCACACAGACCCUUUUCAGUCUGAAGACCCUUUCAAAACGGACCCUUUUAAAGGUGAUCCCUUCCAGAAUGAUCCUUUUGCCAAGCAGCCCCCAACAGUAACAGAUCCAUUCGGUGGAGAUCCAUUUAAAGAGACAGAUCCAUUCAAGACCACUUCAGAAGAUUUUUUUAAGAGGCCAGUCAAGGCUGAUCCCUUCAUCAGUUCAGACCCUUUCAUUAAAAGUGCCACUCUUCCAGUUAAGUCUCAUAAUUUCUCAAGCAGCGACCCCUUCGCCUCCACUAGCCCCAAACACAAAGGAUCAGACCCCUUUGGGACUCUUGACCCUUUUGGGAGCAGCUCAUUUGGCAGCAACAGUGGCUUUGCUGAUUUCAGUCAGAUGUCAAAGCAGAGCUUCACAGAUGACCCCUUCAACCAAAACCAGGACACUCCAGCUCUCCCGCCCAAGAAGACCAUACCACCUCGGCCCAAGCCUCCCAGCGGUAAAAGCACUCCAACCAAUCUACCCGGAUCUGUGGAUUCUGCCAAGUCAAGCGAUCCUUUCCAGCCCUUCGGCUCUGACGCUAAUGACCCGUUUCAGAGUAAAAAGGGGCUUGGGGACCCCUUUAGUGGCAAAGAUCCAUUUGCUCCAUCUGCUUCAAGUAAAGCCACUAAAGAUUCUUCCUUGGGUUUUGCAGACUUCAGCUCUUUUGGGAAUGAGGCACAACAGAUGGAGUGGGCCAAGCGCGAGAGUGAGCGAGCUGAGCGUGAGAGGUUGAAAAGACUAAGGCAGCAGGAGCAGGAGGACCUGGAACUGGCCAUUGCGCUCAGCAAAGCUGAGAUGAACAACACCUGAAGGCUGACUGCUCUUUCUCACACACCAUCUUUAUAUCGCUGCAGCAGAGGAAAGAGUGUGUGUGAGAAUGAGAGUAAUAGAGAAUGAAUGAGAUGUGUAUGAUGAGAGAAAUGUUUUAUCUUGUCUUAAACAUCUUUUAUUUUAUUUUAAUGUAAGGAAGCAACCCAUGUGUUAUGUAAAUGGGCUCGUUUAUUCUACAUGCACUGUGUUAACCUGCACUACUUCGACACAUAGAUUAUUUAAGGCUUGUAUGUAUGUGUGCAUGUGUGUUGAAGUGGACCUGUAAACAGAGCCGGUUGUAAUGGUUUUUAAAUUCACACACAUUCCCACUUUACCCCAGAUACAUGAUUUGUGUCUUGUUGGCAUUUUUCUUUUACUUUUUAAUAAUGGGUACCUAUUGUAUAAGUGUCAUCUACAUCCGGGCCUUCAGAAACAAAGACUUUCUUUUGCAAAAUUUGGAAUCACAUGACCACAUCAGAGCUCAGAUAGCACAUACUGUGUGUCAGGAAAGUACAUAUAAAUAGGAGAAAGCUGCCGGCUGUUUACCUUGAUGGUAGUAGAAUUAUGGCGAGUCACCUUCACGUUGGAAAGGAUUUUCACAAAUCUGAAACCUGUUAAUACAUCCAGCCAGAUAUGUUUAUCCUGCUGCAUCACAGGGCAGCAUAAUUUUUUGUAAGAAAAGAGCUAUCUGCACUCUUCUGCAUACAUAA